AAAGAGAGCAGCAGUGGCAAUUCUGAGAAGGCAGUCAUGGUUCAAAUUAAAGUGCCUCAUCCAAUGAAGCUAGAUGCUGACCAAUCCUGACAAUUUCCAUCUUUGUCAAGUCUGGAGAGAUCAUGGCAUAUAGAAAACACCAGCGUGCUUUUGUCUACUAGGGUCAUGCUAACUACCAUGACAUCAUGCAGGCGGAGGUAUCUGGCGACUUCAUCAGGAAGGUUCCAAAUGCCGAGGAAGAACGUGGCGAGAUACUGGUAAUGGUGUUGGCUUCAGAUAGUACACGCGACCAGGUGCGGGAUAUUGUUCAGGGUUAUCUGCACAACCAGGUGAGGAUGUCAGUGUUGGACUUUCAACCAGCGUAAGGGGAAAUUGGCCUGAUGGUAGGGAUCUUGAGAUUGGAUCGAUAGUGUUAGGAAUAAAU